AUGUAACAUUUGGAUAAUGAUGACCUCACUGAUGUCAAAAAGAUUGGAAACUAUAUUAUACUCAUGAAGAAGUUUUUAGGCUCAGGCUAGUACGGUCUAGUCUUUCUCGCCUAUAAAAUUUUAAAAUAAGACUCAGGCUUGGUUGAUACUGAAAAACCUUUGGCUUGUAAAAUUAUUGAAAGGGAAGAGUUAACUGAGAGGGCUAAAACGAUGAUAAACAAUGAAAUUAUUAAUCUAGAGAAGGUUAAAAACCCAAACUUGCUUAAGCUCGAGCAGGUAUUCAAAACUCACUCAAGAUACUAUAUCUUUACCGAAGCUUGCAAUGGUGGAGAUCUGGAAUAAUUUGUCAGAGCUAAAGGUGGGUAAUUAAGUGAACUCGAAGCUAGAUUAAUUAUGGCAUAAAUUGUCAACGGGUUGCGUCACUUACAUUCUAAUCAUAUUAUGCACAGAGAUAUCAAGCUCUCUAAUAUCUUAAUAGAAUUCAAAUCUUUCCCCAAAGAUAUGCUGACAUAUGGCAAGGACUUAAUCACUAUGAGAACCAGAUAAAAAUUCGAAGUAUUGAGCAGGUUUGACCUCUCCAAAAUUGAAUUUACUGUCAAGAUUGCUGAUUUCGGAUUCUCUAAAUUUAUUGGUUCAAGUUCUCUGACCGACACAAUAUGUGGAACACCUCUUUAUAUGUCUCCAUAGCUGGUUGACGAGAAGGGUUAUUCGCUUAAAGCGGAUAUUUGGUCUAUGGGUGUUAUAUAUUACGAGAUGAUCAGCGGGCAGAGACCUUUUAAUGGCCGUAAUCUUGAGUAAAUUGGUAGUAAAAUGAGUAAGGGAGAUUUUGCAUUGCAAUUAAAAUUUAAACCCUCUCUUGACCUGCUCAUAAUACUAUAGAGUUGUCUAUUAUUUAAAGAGAGUGAGAGAACAUCAGCGGAGGAGCUCUGGGUAAAUCCAUAUUUCACUAUGAGUCAUGUUCCAGCUCCAAUACCUGAGGAAGUGAAAACGUAAAAGAAAAAGUUUUUAUUUGGAAUUAAAAAGUCUAAGUCUCAAGGAUAAAAACUAGACACCCUUUAAAAUUUCUACUCCUACAAUUUCUCUUGCAAAUCCAUAGAUAAUCUGAACAAUCUGCUGGCGAAAAGGGAAAAUGGAUAACUCUAAGAUAUUUAAUAAUAAUUUAAAUAGGAAAAUCAAAAAUCGUUCAAAAGUUUCUUCUCGAGAACAAGAAACACCAAUGGUAAAGAUUUGAAAAACAUGAGAAAAUAAAAAAAUGCCAAUCUCACAGCAAUUCUUGAAAACGCUGAGCCUAUUGUAUACCUUAACACCAUUGACGUAAUCUAAGAUGACAGCUCUUUCAUUGAGAGGAGCUAAUUCAUCAUUGCUAGAGACUAAGGGUUCUGUGACUCCAUUAAGCCAUAAAGCCUUAUGGAACAGUAUUUCUCCUUUACUCAAAGUAAUCUCUAAAUAUGA